AUGGCGCUUACAGCGAUCGUCCUCUCCCUCGUCCUCGUCGCCACGGCGCCGGCCGUCGGCACCUCUAGUGAGGAGCUUGCUGCAGCGCUCCAGUGCCACCCGGCGCUGGCGCUCACGGACGCCACCGACGGCGCGGCUUUCCGCGCCAGCCUCCUCUUGCUCCUCGGCGCUCUCCCCUCCGCCGCCGCGCCGACGGGCUUCGCCUUCCUGCACUCCGACGGCGCGUUCGCCCGGGGGGUCUGCUUCGGCGACUCCACCACGCUGCCUUCAGGCUCCGAGUGCGCCCGGUGCAUGUCCGACGCCGCCAGGAACCUCACCGCCGGAUGCAGUGCCGCCAGCCGCCGAGCCGGCGUCUUGAGCCAACGCUGCUCGCUCUGGUACGCCGACACAAACUUUUCCUCGCCCGGCCAGGAUGCCUUCCGAGCGCGCUUCCACCUCGCGCUCCCGAGCGACGCCGCCGCCCCUGCUUCUGACUCCGAGACCAGCGCCGGGGACCUCUACUCCGCGGGCCUGCACGACGAGCUCGUCGCUAUGGCGCAGCUCAUUGCGCAGCGCGCGGCCGGAAGGCUCUCCAGGCCGGCGAUGCCGGCCACCACGCGCGUGGUUCACAAAACCAUCGUGGGGAGAGGCUGCGGCCGCGACUACGCCGUCGUGAGCAGCACGGUCUACGUGCGGGCUCAGUGCGCCCGCGACCUCACGGCGGCGGACUGCGCCCGGUGUCUUCAGGAGUCGGCGCAGGCCAUGGACUGGGACCUGGAUGCUGCCCGCGGCGACGGUGGCGCGGCGGCCGCGGUGGUGGGCUUCAACUGCCACGGUCGGUUCGAGGUCUCCACCGCACUGGCGCCGCGCAGCGACCAGAGCGACGACCCCAGCGACCACAGCGGCAUUCUGCGUGUAGGCCUUGUGGCUUUGAUCAUAGCGAACUUCAUUCUGACAGUAGCCAACUACCGCACUUCUCGCCGGUGAAGAGAAGACGCAACGCCGGAUGCGACACCGGCAGGGAGUAUCUUCUUAAUAAUCUCCAGAGGUUCGGUGACAAAGAUGAUGAGAAGCGAGAACAGGCUACAGCAAUCCGCAAAAUAAGAACAUCAAGAGUGUGGCGCUUCAUGUUAUUUUCGCCACCUUUUCCUUUUCUGUUCACUGGUUAAUCAGUAUUGUUGUUCGAGGCCAGUGUAUGUGCGUGGUCCGUCAGUAGGUGCAUGACUGCCUGCUCAUGUGUUAUUUUCGUCUAGCUAUAUAUGCAUGCCGUAUUAAGUUGUGGUGUUAAUUGAAUAAUAAUGCGGAGAAUGGCACCCCAGUUUGAUCAA